ACACCUUUUUCAGACACUUUGUUUUUUCCCAGCUAAAAAGAUACUUUGUUCGAUCAAUAAAGUUCAUAAAAAUUUACCAUCAACUUCCACAUACAUGGACCCGAAGAUAGAUUGAAGUUUCAUAGAAAAUUCCCAGCAACUUCUUAUCACGUGCAUUCUCUCUCUAAAUAGUAUGGAGGGGGAGAGAUAUUUGUAUCAUAAUCGCACACAGAAUUUUGCAUUCACAAAUUAGCAAGCCUCAAUGGAUGCAUUUCCUUCUUCUUCGUCUCGAUUGAUAAUAUUAGGAGCUAGCUUUGGAUAAGUUACACUCUAUAAAAAUAUUAGGAAGUCUUUGUUCAGCCACCUAAUUUAUGUUAAUUGUUCUUUAUUUGCACAUAUUGUUAUUACUCGUAAGUUGUUGAUUCAGAUUUCCACCUAAUUUAAGGGAGGAAAGUUCCAGCUACUUGUUUGUAUGUUCCCAAGUAGAGCAUAGAACAAGGAAGGAAAUUGCUUGGAAGAUGCUUACCAAUUGUUACAUAUAUAACAAAGGGGGACAGAGACUUUGAGGUACUCAAUUUCUCCAAUAUAUAAUUCAUGAAUAAUUCAAGCUUUCACGGUCAUCUACAUGUUUUAAAAUCUUUCUUCAGCAGUCUAAUUUGACCCACCUACACCUUUUUCACACACUGUUUUGUUCCACAUACAUGUCCAUGACCCAGAAAAAAGAUUGAAGAAAUUCCCUGCAACUUCUUAUCAUGUGCAUUCUCUCUCUAAAUAUUAUAGAGGGGGAGAGAUAUUUGUAGGUAUCAUAAUCAAACCGAUAAAUUUUGCAUUCACAAAUUAGCAAGCCUCAAUGGAUGCGAUUGCUGCUGCUGCUUCUUCUUCGCCUCGAUGGAAUUAUGAUGUCUUCUUGAGUUUUAGAGGUGAAGAUACCCGCAAGAACUUUGUGGACCAUCUCUAUAUGGCUCUGCAACACAAAGAAAUAAGUGCCUUCAAAAAUGAUGAGAAACUGAAGAGGGGAAAAUCGAUUUCUUCACAACUCCUCAAGGCAAUUAAGGAAUCAAAAUUUGCAAUCAUCGUUUUUUCGAAAGACUACGCAUUCUCGUCAUGGUGUUUGGAUGAACUCGUACAUAUCAUUGAAUGCAGAAAUACCGUGGGACAAACGAUUUUGCCAAUUUUCUACAACGUCGAUCCCUCACAAGUACGGAAACAAAAGGGAAGUUUUGGAGAAGCAUUUGCCAAACAUGAGGAAAAUUUUGGAGAGGACAAAGAAAAGGUGCAAAAGUGGAGGGCAGCUUUGGUAGAGGCAGCAAAUUUAAGCGGGUGGAAUUUGAAGGAUGUAGCAAAGGGGCAUGAGGCGAAAUUUAUCCAAAAAAUUGUUCAAGAGAUUAUAAAAGAAUUGGGGCCUAUACCAUUAAAUGUGGCCAGGUACAAAGUAGGGAUAGAUUCCCGUGUAAACAAAGUGUUCACUUUGCUAGACAAUGGGUUAAAUGAUGUGUGCAUUGUGGGGAUUUGUGGAGCUGGUGGAAUUGGAAAGACAACCAUAUCCAAAGUUGUCUUCAAUCGAAUAUAUAAUCAAUUCGAAAGUUGUUGUUUCCUUAGCAAUGUGAAAGAAGUUUCAGAACAACAUGGCCUAACUUAUCUCCAACAACUACUCUUGAAUGACAUUCUUACAGAAGAAGAUCUAAAGAUACGUAAUGUUGAUUAUGGAAUCAACGUGAUGAAGAAAAGAUUCCGUUAUAAGAAAGUUCUUGUAGUUCUUGAUGACGUGGAUAGUUUAAAGCAAUUAGAGAGUUUAGUGGGAGGAAAUGACUGGUUUGGCUCUGGAAGUAGGAUCAUUGUAACAACCAGAAAUGAACGUUUGUUGGUGGAACAUAAAGUAGAUCAUGAAGUGUUCAGGGUUGAGUUGUUGAAUGACGAUGAAGCUCUUGAACUUUUUAGUUGGUAUGCUUUCACUAACAACCAUCCUUUGGAGGAUUAUGUGGAACUCUCACGGCAUGUAAUAAAGUAUGCCCAAGGCCUUCCAUUAGCUCUUCAAGUUUUGGGUUCAUUUUUAUUUAAAAGAAGUUUACAUGAGUGGGAACAUGAACUAGAUAACUGGAAAAAAAUUCCAAAUAGAGAAAUUUAUGAUGUUCUCAAGAUAAGUUUUGAUGGCCUUAAUGAUACAGAGAAAGAUUUAUUCCUCGAUAUCGCUUGUUUCUUCAAAGGGUAUGAUGAAGAUUAUGUAAUAGAUAUAUUGGGCAGUAAUGGGUUUCACCCACGAAUUCCAAUUCUUAUUGAACGGUCAUUGAUAACUAUCUCAUCAUACAAGAAGCUGUGCAUGCAUGAUUUGUUACAAGAAAUGGGUAAGGAAAUUGUUCGUCAAGAAUCACCUGAUGAUCCUGGCAAACGAAGUAGGUUGUGGUUUCAUGAAGAUAUCUAUAAAGUGUUUAGAGAGAAUACGGUGACCGAAACAAUUAAAGGCAUUAUGCUACACAUGCCUCAUCAUCGUCAUCUACGAGAGAAAUUAUAUGUAAAUGUUGAUGUCUUUGAGAAGAUGAAGAAACUUAAACUGCUCAAACUCAGUGGCAUACAACCUUGUGGACAACUUACAUAUCUUUCAAAUGAAUUAUGUUAUCUCAAUUGGGAUGAUUAUGAGGCAAAGUUUUUGCCAUCCAAUUUCCAUCCAAAAAAUCUUGUUGAACUUCGCCUUUGUCACAAUCAAAUCAAAGAAAUAUCAUCAAGUAUCAAGUUUCUAGAGAAGUUAAAAUACCUUGAUCUCAGUCACUCCUUAUAUUUGUAUAAAACUCCUGACUUGUCUAGUCUCCCAUAUCUCGAGGAAUUAAAUCUUAAAGGAUGUAAAAAUCUAAUUAAGGUCCACGAGUCGAUUGGAGUUCACGAGAGGCUUGUUCAUUUGGAUAUGGGGGACUGUAAAAAUUUGAGGAGUCUCGCAAAAAGCAUCAAGUUGGAAAAGUUGAAAUAUUUGAAUCUAAGUGGAUGCUUAAAACUUGAGAAGUUUCCGGAGAUUCAGGGGCGUAUGGAUCGUUUGCAGAAACUUCAUUUGACAAAAACUGCAAUAAAAGAUUUGCCUUCAUCAAUUGAGCUUCUUGAAGGGCUUCAGGAUUUAUUGGUACGUGAUUGCCGAAAGCUUAAAAGGGUUCCAAGUAACAUUUUUACUAGAAUGAAGGAUUUAAAAUCCCUUGGCAUGGGAGGAACCACUAUAGAACAGUUACCAUCGUCCAUUGUACAGUUGUGUAACCUUGGUAAGCUUCAUCUAAAUGAUUUACAAAAAGUGUCUCCCAAAACGCCUAAUUCAUUGGUGCCAUUUUCAUUGGUGCGAAAGAGAACUCCUCCUGCUUCAACUGAUUAUUUUCAACUGGAACUGCUCUCCGCUUUGAGCACUUUAUCUUUUUUAAAUUUAAGUGGAAGCAAUUUAUCUAGCAUACCAACUAGCCUCAUUCAACUCAAAUGUCUGAAACGUUUUGAUUUGAACGAUUGCGCGAGCCUCCGAACGUUGACUUCACUUCCCUCAUCUAUUGAAGAAGUGAAUGCACAUGGCUGCAUAUCAUUGGAACGGUAUUGGAUUAAUCCAGCAUGUGGAAUUGGUCCAAACAAUCGCGAAUUCAUAUUCACUGAUUGCCACAAAUUGGUUAUGGGUGAGAUGGAGAACAUGCCAAAUAUAUCAUCACAAAGUCAGCUUCAGGGGUUUCAAUUAAUGAGUUUUCCUGGAAGUGAGAUUCCGCAAUGGUUUAGGCAUAAGAGUGAAGUUGAGGGGUCUUCUUUGUCUUUGGUGGUAGAUCAUCUAUCUUCUUACAAUAACGUCAAAGGAAUUGCACUCUGUGCUGUUUUGGAAAUUCAUGAAAUUGAACAGAAAUGGAUUGGAUUUGAUCUGAAAAUCAACGGUUAUGGCAUGGAACUAAGCGCUUGUUGGUAUGAGAGGUGUAAAGGCAAUCAAGUUAUUUUGAGGAACAUAACUGAAUAUUAUUCUGAGUUGUCUGAAGAAGGUCAACCAAUUAAAAAUUUGAUGGAGAAGAGACCAAAGCUCAGCCCAGGCCCUCCCAAUAUUUGUGAUGAUGACAGCUGUUACAUUCAGGCUUCAGUUAUAUUAACUGACUACAUAGGUGACACUAGACAAGAAAAGAAGAAGGUGAAGAAAAUGGGUAUCCAUCUAAUUAUGGAGGAGCAAGGUGAAGGUGAAGGAAAACACACAGAAAUCCUAGAAGACUGGAGCAGCAUUAAGAGGCAAUAGAAAGGAUCAUUUGGAUACUUUUGAUUGUCAAUUUUGUGUACGUUUGUUUUGAUUCUCAAUUUUUUAUACAAGAAGCUCUGUCUGUUGUAAUAACAAUUUCAAUUGUGAUGGAAAAUGUUUUGUUAAUACGUACCAUAAUCUUUUUGGUCUUAUAUGGAUUAUAAUUUCACAUCGA